AUGAACGGUGACCUGAGCUUGUCACAAUCGCUGGGUGGCCUGCGGAUAGCGAAUCCAGACGAAGAAGCUGUAGCCUCACCUACGGCUAACUCACCCGCUCCUGCUCUACUUGCCGCUCAUCCACCCCCUGCUUCGUCACAGUCUUCCGCCAGCACUAUCACCGAGGCUCGCAUGCUUGCGCCGACGCUGUCACACGAAAACGUGGUGGAGGACGAAGGAAUCGGCUUCAACCCGGAAACAUACAGCCUACGUGAUACAGGCUACUCACCAACAGUGUCGCAGCAAAGUUCUCGCUCAGCCAGCGGCAACGAUGAGGAGCAGCGGGCAAAGCAGCAGCAAAGGCUGAGUCACAGGCAAAGCAUGCCCUUGGGCUAUCAGGCGCAACAAGCUAUGCAGUACCCGGCACACUCCUCGACCUAUCAGCAGAAUAUGCGGGUGCCUGGAUUACAGAGCACGUCUACACGACCGGUGAGUGGCAUGUACAUGCAGCAGAACGGCUCGGCGAGUUCGGGCAUGUCAAGUCAAGGCUCCUACAGGUACCGGGAUGACAUGGGUUCUUCAGACGGGAGUGGGACAGGAUUGGCGAGGAGUGGAUCGAGAUCAGCGAAAGGUGUGCUGGCUGGUGUAAUGGGAAGGUCAGAUAGCAGGUCGUACAGAUCAGGCAGCGGGCAGAUGAAUGGCGGGAAUGGCCCUCUACCACCCAGACGGAACUCGAAGCGAAUGAGAGGGCCCACGACAGGCUCGUACACGGAGCCAGAAGCGACACACGGCAGCCAGGACCGUCUACCUCGCACAACGGAAGGAUGGCAGGAAAGAGGCGCAGCUGCGACGGUAAGGCGAGAGACUGAUGCAUCUGGCCAGUCGCAGACCCGGAUUGUGAAAAAGGGCGUGAAGGACUUCAACUUUGGGCGGACACUAGGCGAAGGCUCAUAUUCGACCGUUUUGGCAGCUACGGACCGGCAGACUUUGAAAGAGUAUGCCAUCAAAGUUCUGGACAAACGCCAUAUCAUCAAGGAGAAGAAAGUGAAAUACGUGAACAUAGAGCGCGACACACUAAAUCGACUUACCGAGCAUCCGGGCAUCGUACGGCUGUACUAUACAUUUCAGGACGAGCGAUCAUUAUACUUUGUGCUGGAUCUGGCGUCUGGGGGUGAACUAUUGGGUGUACUAAAGAAGAUGGGCUCAUUCGAUGUGGAAUGUACGAGAUUUUAUGGUGCGCAGAUACUGGAUAGUGUGGCGUACAUGCACAGCCGGGGUGUGAUACACCGAGAUCUAAAGCCGGAGAACGUGCUGCUGGAUCGUGAUAUGCAUGUCAAGAUUACCGACUUCGGUACAGCGAAGAUUUUACCAGACCCGAGGACGAGCGGCGCGGGUAGUCAGGAAGCGCCUGGAGACCCGACUGAUGGAGCUGGGACGGAUCGUGCGGUGUCUUUUGUAGGCACGGCGGAAUAUGUCAGUCCGGAACUACUACGCGACAAGAACGCUUGCAAAGCUUCGGACUUGUGGGCCUUUGGCUGCAUCAUCUACCAGCUUUUAGCAGGCCGACCGCCAUUCAAAGCAGCGAACGAGUACCUCACUUUCCAGAAGAUUUUGGCAUUGGCGUACACCUUUCCUGAUGGGUUUCCGGACGUAGCUCGCGAUCUUGUCGAGCGAUUACUGGUGCUGGAACCUUCGAAUCGGCUACCAGUCGAGCACAUACAGAAUCACCAGUUCUUCGAUGGCGUGCAGUGGGGCAAAGGCUUGUGGCAACAAAAGGCACCGCGACUGAAAGCCUACGUCUCACCUCCAGCAGCCCCGAUCAAACUCGAUGGCGCGGGGAAGGCGGCCGCCGCGGCCGGAGCAGCAGCAGCCAUGAACAUGAGCAACAUCAUCUCCUCACCAACAGGACAGAGUCCAACAACACAAAUGAAUGGUAUCAGCCGCCCUCAAUUGCGAGGUGCCACGGAACUGCCUCCGCCCAGUCAAUUAGACAUCGACUGGUCGCCCGUCCUCCACAACAACGAACGAAUCCUGAAACUCGGUAACCUAGUCGUCUUCUCUGGUCCCCAGCCAUCAAGUCCGAGUAUGAAUAGUGGUGAGCCCGGGACUCCCUCCGAGAAGGAGAAGCCGAGAUUCAAGUCAUUCUUCGGUGGUGGCGGUGGACAAAAGAAAAGGGAGCGACUGGUCCUGAUCACCAGCUCUGCACGAAUCAUUAUCGCUGCGGCUGGUGGGAACGAGAAGAAGGCGAAAAGUGAGUUGAGUCUUCUUGGGCCUGGAACGAGUUGGAGGAGUUAUACGGAUGCCAAGGGGCUGGUGGGGUGGUGUUUGAAUACUCGAGAUAACAAGCACCACACCUUCGAAGACCCCCGCGCCACCGUCGCCGACCCAGCCGGAAGCAAAUACUCCACGCAAGAAUGGCUCGACGCCAUCGACUCCGCGCGCGAAGUCGCCCUCUCCCAGCAAUCCUCGCAUUCUUCCUACUCAGGCGUACCGUCUUCCUACCUGAACGACGAUACGGCUUUAUCUUCCCCUGCAGAUUCGGUGGGAGAUGAUAAAGCCGGAGCUUUACCUGGGGCGGGUGUGGAAAGACAUGCGUUACGGCAGACGUUACGGAGAAAUCCGACGGACGAGAGUGAGAUGGGCGGGAAGGGGCGGAAGAGGUUUUCGAAGCGGCAUUCGAAGAGUGGGCUUGCGGCUGUUUUCUGA